AGAGAGACAGAGACAGAAAGACAAAGAGACAGAAAGGCACAAGCCCAGAGAGGCAAAGAGAAAAAUGACAGAGAAUUACAGAGAGGCAGGAAACGGCAGAGACAAAGAGAGACAGAUUCAGCCUGACGAAGAAGGAUGCAGACAAGUCGGAGAAACAGAGAAAAGCAGAGAGAAGAGGGGCUUGGAGAGGUGACAGAGGCAGGCAGGCGCGCACACACACACACACACACACACACACACACACACACACCACCCCCAGGGCAACAAGGCAGGGCUUAGGAGGCCUAGUCAUCCGGGCCACCCCACGUCUGCCACCUGCCUGGUGCCUGAUGCUCUGACCCAACCUGCCUCUGACCCAAACCGCCACAGCUGCCUACACCACCACUACCACCACCGGCCACCCAGAGCCCCAGCCCCAGAGCCUAAGAACCUGGGGCCUGCCCUUCCCCUCUCCAGGCCAUGAUGAUUCUGCGAUUAAUCAUUCUUGCUCUGGUAACAGGGCAUGUAGGGGGAGAGACCAGGAUCAUCAAGGGGUAUGAGUGCUCUCCUCAUUCCCAGCCCUGGCAGGUGGCUCUGUUCCAGAAGACACGGCUGCUCUGUGGGGCAACGCUCAUCGCUCCCAAAUGGCUCCUGACAGCAGCUCACUGCCGCAAGCCCCGAUACUUAGUUCACCUGGGGGAGCACAACCUCCAGCGGCGGGAUGGCUUUGAGCAGACCCGAACGGCCACCGAGUCCUUCCCCCACCCAGACUUCAACAACAGCCUCCCCAACAAAGACCACCGCAAUGACAUCAUGCUGGUGAAGAUGACGGCAGCGGCCUUCAUCACCCGGGCCGUGCGACCACUCACGCUGUCGUCACGCUGUGUCGCUCCUGGCACCCGCUGCCUCAUUUCUGGCUGGGGCACGACGUCCAGCCCCCAGUUGCACCUGCCCCAUACCUUGCGAUGUGCCAACAUCACCAUCAUUAAGCACGAAGAGUGUGAGAACGCCUAUCCCGGCAAUAUCACAGACACCAUGGUGUGUGCCAGUGUUCGGGAAGAGGGCAAAGACUCCUGCCAGGGUGACUCUGGGGGCCCUCUGGUCUGUGACGGGUCUCUUCAAGGCAUUAUCUCCUGGGGCCAGGAUCCAUGUGCUGUCACCAGAAAGCCUGGUGUCUAUACCAAGGUCUGCAAAUAUGUAGACUGGAUCCAGAAGACUAUGGAGGAUAAUUAGCCAGGACCAACUUAUCACAGCCCAACACUCCUGAUCCCUAUUUGGUGAUGUGGCUCAUUCUGUUAAUAGUCAAGCCCAAGAGAGGACAUCUUUAUAUAUUUUCUUUUCAGCCACCUUAACUAUGAGACAUGCUGUGGUUUAAUAAUCAACUUGGGGUUUGGAAUUAGUGAGGCCUGGGUUCCAAUCCUGCCUUGUACUAACUUGUGAUUCUGGGAGAGAGAAGUGUUGUUUGGUUCACUGUUGUAUCCCUAGCCCCAAAGGCACUCACCAAGGUUUCAAUAAAUACUUACUGAGUGAA